GCCAAAAAAUUGCAGACCCACUCGAUUUUGUACUGUAGAAAAAAGAUUAUAGGAGACACUCCAUAAGCAUCAGGAAUCUCCCAGAUAAUCCCUGGUAGGCCGACCUGGGCACUAGGGAAUUCCAGGGACCCCAUGACACAGAAAUUCGUCCGAUGAAAUGUUGUGAGACAGAAAAAUGGAGCGAGAUAAUACUGCGAACUGGGAGUUCUACAUGGGACUCUUCCUCGCUGUCAGCUCCAACGUGUUUAUAGGUGUGAGCUUUAUAAUUAAAAAAAGUGCCCUAGUGAAUCUCCAGAAAUAUGGACUCAGGGCUGGAGCUGGGGGUCAUGGAUACCUCAGACAGUGGAUGUGGUGGGCUGGGCUGUUGUCAAUGGGCGUAGGAGAGGCUGCCAAUUUUGUUGCUUAUGCCUUUGCUCCAGCAUCGAUUGUUACCCCUCUGGGAGUCCUCAGCAUUGUAAUCACGGCGAUACUCUCCCCCAGGUACCUCCACGAGAAACUCAAUUUAUUAGGGAAGUUGGGCUGUUUCUUGUCCAUCGUGGGAUCCACCAUAAUAGUAAUUCACGCCCCAAAAACUGAAGAGAUUGCCACUGUCGAGGACUUAGUCUACAGGCUUCAGCACUCUGGCUUCACCACCUACAUCAUCUUCGUGAUACUCCUCAGCAUAUUUAUCAUAUUUCACGUAGGUCCACGGUACGGCAAGGACAACGUGACGAUUUACGUGUUCCUCUGCUCCAUCAUAGGCUCCCUCACAGUGAUGAGCAGUAAAAUCCUGGGGCUCUCCAUCAAGGAGACACUCUACACCGAGAAUAACCGAAUGGAGUACUGGCUCACGUGGGUGUCCCUCUUCUCCAUAAUCUUCUGUGUGAUGGUCCAGAUGAACUACUUGAACAAGGCCCUGGAUCUCUUCAACACAGCCAUCGUCACUCCAGUGUAUUACGUCUUCUUCACGACCUUCGUCAUAAUCGCGUCUGCGAUACUGUUCGAGGAAUGGGAGUUCAUGACCUAUGAGAAUAUUCUGGGAUCUCUCUGCGGAUUUUUCGUGAUCGUCACGGCAAUUUUCCUGAUGAAUGCCUUUAAAGAUCUGAAUAUCAACUACUGUGACUUGAAGAAUUUAUCUCUACCGACAACUGGAAGCAGGAGGAACCUUCAGAGGUACAAUUUAUGCGAUGAGGAAGAACAAAUACCUGUGGAUGAGGACAUCGAGAAUGGAAGGAGUUACUUAAACACUUGACGAAAGAAGAACAAUAAACGAAAAAUGAAUUCGUUAUUAUGAUUUUAUUUUAUGAGACUUUUGUGAUUGAUGUUUUUAUGGGGUGAAUAGCUCAGUUGCUGAUGGAGAGUUUUUUAAGCUUGGCAGCAUUUUUUAAAAUAUUUUUAGCAAAUUUUUGUGAAAUGUUGGAAUUUUUCGAGGAUGUGAAUGGAUUUUUUUUAUUAUUCAGCAACUGUAAUAAACUGUUCACUCAUUCUCGAUAUUAAUUCAUUAUUGUAAUUCUUAUUCAUCACGUAAUGAUGGCUGUGAUUUGCAUCUACUUGUUUAUACAAUACAAUACACUUUUUUAUUCAAAUAAAAA